CCUGCAGUCCCACCUCCUAACUGUCCCCACCCCUAACCCCACCCUUGGUGAUUAUAACUCCAGGCUGAAGCAGCAGAGCACUUAGUUCAGUGUUCCUGAGCCUCCCAGUGGUUGACCUGGCUGCUGCUCUCUACAGUUACCUUUGUGUGGCAGCGACCUUUUGAAGGGAUCCUGAAAAAAUGAACCCAGUUGUUACACAGCCAGGAUACGGUGCGGGAGGUUCCACGGUCAGUGACUGGCAAACUGGCACCUUUGACUGCUGCAACGACAUGGGGAUUUGCCUCUGCGGGACGUUCUUCCCGCUGUGCCUUUCGUGCCAGAUUGCCUCGGACAUGGACGAAUGCUGCCUGUGCGGAGCGUCUGUGGCCAUGAGGACCCUGUACCGAACGCGGUACGGCAUCCCGGGAUCCAUUUGCAAUGAUUUCACGGUGCUGUUGUGCUUCCCUACUUGUGCCCUUUGCCAACUCAAGAGAGACAUUGAAAAAAGAAAACAUAUGAAUGCUUUCUAAAGAAGUUUGGCAAUAUUUGCAUUGUGGUGAAAGAAAAUGCUAGAAUGAAAUGCUGCAUUUAUUAAGUGCUAUCUAGCCUCAAAUAUUGGAAAUUAAUGCAAUUAAUCGUAUGGUCUCAAAUGACUUCAGAACAUUUUUAUUUCCAGUUAAUUUUGAAAGAUAUAUGUUUCCAGUGCUGUUCUAUAAGAUAACUGCCAUUAAAAACAUUGAUUCCCUCAA